GUCAUUCUUCUCGGUGUCGGAGGGAGGGACCGCAGUGAUCCUCCUCAGUCCUCAGAGCCGAACCGCCUCCUUCACCAGAGUCAGUCAACACAUCCAGCAGCGCUCGCUCGACACUGAUUCACAUUAAUGCGGGCGGGUCUUCUGUGUGAGUCGAGCUUCGUCUCUCAGCAAUAACAACGUGAAAUUUCUCCACAUUGCGCCUUAAACUCGGACACGCUAUCGACCGGGAAUAUAACCCCCGCGAGGAUAUAAGGUAUGGCUGCUAUCAGGAAGAAGCUGGUGAUCGUGGGAGAUGGAGCAUGUGGGAAGACCUGUCUACUCAUAGUGUUCAGCAAAGAUCAGUUUCCAGAAGUCUACGUGCCGACUGUGUUCGAGAACUACAUUGCAGAUAUCGAAGUCGACAGCAAACAGGUGGAGCUGGCUUUGUGGGACACAGCAGGACAGGAAGACUAUGAUCGCCUGAGACCUCUGUCUUACCCAGACACAGAUGUAAUUCUCAUGUGUUUCUCCAUAGACAGUCCCGACAGUUUAGAGAAUAUCCCAGAAAAGUGGACGCCAGAGGUGAAGCACUUCUGCCCCAACGUUCCCAUAAUCCUCGUGGGCAAUAAGAAAGAUCUGCGGAACGACGAGCACACACGGAGAGAGCUGACUAAGAUGAAGCAGGAGCCGGUUAAACCUGAGGAGGGCAGAGACAUGGCCAACCGUAUUAGCGCCUUUGGAUACCUGGAAUGCUCAGCCAAGACUAAGGAGGGCGUGAGGGAGGUAUUCGAAAUGGCCACCAGGGCGGCGCUGCAAGUCCGCAAGAGGAAGAAGAGGAAUGGGUGCUUGCUGUUGUAAGAGAACUUUCCGGUCUUUUUCCAGAAUGAUCUCCCCGCGCUGAACAAGAAAUACCAAACUCCACACAAAAAAAUGUUUUUGACCAAACAAACAUAAAUACACUGGACUGUAUGUCACAUUUCACGCAAACCAACAGGGGGGAAAUGGAGGAAAGUAAACAGAAAAAUAUGCAUUAAAUGGACAGAAAGGCAGGUUAGAUCAAAAUAUAUCUAUGUCACUAUAUAUCUUGAUUUAGUUUUUCUCUAUGGCACAAUGUUUUUCGGAAAUUUCCAGUUUCUACUAUACGGAUGACGUCAGUCACAACGUUCUUGUAUUUUUGCAUAUUUAUCCAUUGACCAUUAUACUCUGGUGAAAACAUCUUCAUAUUAUUGUAAUAGAAACAAUUUAACCACGUAGAAAUCUGUUAAUAGCACAGAAUUUGGUAAUGAAAACCAGUGCCUUCAUGAUCAUUCCCUCCACAAUUUGAAUGUAAAGUGUGUGUUUUGAGCUUCUCUGUGUCUUCUACAGUACACAAUUUUAUAGUAGUUACUCCUAUGAGCCAAUUAAAUGUAUUUAAAAAUGAUAAAUCUCCAGUAAUGUUGAGUAUAUAGCUUUCAUUGCUCAAAUAAAUAUCAAUUACAUGGAAUUCGGAGGCUCAGUCAGGUCUAAAACCAACCUGGAGCGUGACAUUUGUCGUUUUUGUCCGCCACACAGGCAUAAACACACACAUGUGCAGAUGGACUGAGCUCUAUAGAUAUUAAACUGGUUGAACCUGACUCAAAUAUUUAGGCUGAGCUCAUGCCGUCAUAUGAUCUGACUGUAUUGUCCUCACACAUGCUUGAGAAUUGUUACUGAAAAUAUUACAUUUAAGGUGCGAUCACUUUAGAAGGUGUCUAGCGUUGCGAAACGUCAAAUAAAUUCACAAACUGAUGAUUGUUAACAAAUGUAUAUUAGUUGGAAAAGGCCUUGAGUGCCUUUCCAGUUCCCACAGAAUUGUGUGCCUUUAGUUAUAUCAGUCUGUAAUGCGUUCGGGUGGAGAUGAGAUGAACGGUUAUGUGCAUGCAUGCGUUUGGUCACGAUCAUUGUUGUAAUGUUGCAUGCCAGUAAUCAUGAUGUGUUCGGAUCAUUCGAAACCUUAGCUAAUCACGCCGUUGUGCUUCUAGAAGAGCUGUAGCUUUUAUUAACUGGUGUAGAAUCCAUACUGGUGAUGUCACUUCCGCUACUGUCUGCUGCUGACAUGAGAUGUCUGACAUGAGGUAAAUUAUCAAUGCUACAUAAAUCCAGCCACAUGUUUCCUGUCUGUGUUGACUUUGAACGAGUGUUUAAUUCAUUAGCGUGGUGGAGCUCUGUUUCAAUCUGGUCUGAUAUUGUAAAAUAGGAAAUUCACAAAAACAAUUAAGAAUGUGUUUUGGGUCAUAUAUCUAUGAAGGACUAAAAA